CAUCAUCCGCCCCUCGAACUCAUCUCACCCAGUCAUCUCUCGUCUUCACUCACAACCACCGCCAUGUACGCCGCCCAGAGCACAUCCUCGAGCUCGAGCUCCACCGCGGUCUACACACCCGUCCUCUUCCGCACGACCAGCUCCCAGCACGAGUGCACGUCCUCCGUGACCCACAACGCCCCCCAGUGCUGCCACUGCGGCUGGCGCGGUGACCACGCCCCGACCUGCCCGUUCAAGUAAACGAACGUGGCCGGUGUGUACCAUAGCCUCCCUGUCUCUCCAUCAUAUCACUCAUCGCUGUCUAGCCUAUCUAUUGUUCUCCAUGUUUUCUUGCAUCUCAAGCUCGCGUCGCUUGUAUCACCACUGCUCUACUGCAUCUCUCGCAUGGUCCGUCCACAGUCGACGACCUAUUAAUACCUAUGCGGUCUGCGCGUCGUCGCGACGACGCGCCACGUUAAUCGGACGCGGACUCGGGGGAGGUCGGGGUCACAGUCCGUGGAGAGGGGGAGGAGGAGAGGGAAGAGGGGGCGAAGAGGAGAAGUUCUCUGUAGGGAACGUCGGAGGGGACCCAGGGAGAGUCGACGGAAGGACGAUUGUUGGAUCAGGAGCGGGCGCAGGCGCUGCGUCUCUGCAGUCACUUGGUCGUUGCUCCUCCACCACCCAUUGCACCGCAUCGCUGUAUCAUGCAUUGCAUCACUCCACGAUACCAUAAUCUCGGAAGCAAUUCUCUUUCUCUUUAUUUUGUGUUCCGCGCUGUACCCUACACCGCCGUGUGUUGUACCAUAACGCAUUGUACGAUAUAUCCGCGACGCUUCUCCCAUUCU